CCUUUUCGAGAAUUCACAAAAACAUUCCAACAACCACACUGAGGGAACGCGAGUGAUUCGUCAUGAACUUGGACGAGAUCAUUGAGCAGCAUCUCGACAGCAACCAGGCCUCGGGACACCUCGGCUCGUCGAAUGGCGGCAUCAUCACCCAGGCUUCUCAAGGAUGGGAGCCCAACAACCUCGUCCUGCUCGAGAGCGGCUACGUGAGCACUGGACUUAUCGAAGAUGAGUCCCGCAUCUUCAUGCUCGACCCGGUCGACUGCCAGAUUCCGAGUCGACUCUCAGCCCUGGCUGUCUCCAACAACAUUCUUUUUAUGGCCAUGGAAAGCAUGCAUCUGCUGCGUAUCGACCUUGACAAGGCAUAUGAAGUAGAGGAUAUCGAGAUUCCGCGGAAACCAACAGAGGGCAGGAUUUACAAGAUGUUCUUCGACCCGACAGGGCGGCAUUUGAUCAUCACGACAGAGACGGGCGAUAACUAUUACCUCUUUGCAAAGUGGAAGAAGGCAAAGCUCCUGUCGAAAAUCAAGGGCAUUGUGAUUGAAUCCAUUGCAUGGAACCGCUCAUCGGACCGACCUACCGAGUCUUCAACAAAGGAGUUUUUGAUUGGAACCAGGAACGGACUUAUCUUUGAAGCAGAACUGGAGCCAACAGCCGAGUUGUUCAAAAAAGAGGAACGAUACUUUAAGCAAGUGUAUUCUAUUGGAUCCAACAUGCCUAUCAGUGGCCUUCGGAUGGAGCAGUUUCCAGCUAGUCUGCGGAAAUAUGUCGUGGUAGCAGUAACGCCCACACGCAUCUACCAGUUCAUUGGCUCUGUCACACCAAGCAGCUCUGGCGGAAUAAUUGGAGGCUCAGAGGACAAGGCCCUGUUUGAGAACCUUUUUUCCAAAUACGAGGUCAAUCCAGGAUUCUCGGAGUUGCCGGGUGACCUGCCAUACAGUGAGCUACACUUUUUCAGUCCGUUCCAGGACCUUCAGUAUCAGGGCGUGGCCAAGACAUUUGCAUGGCUGACAGGACCAGGAGUAUAUCAUGGAAAUCUCGUAUUUGGAUCACAAAAUGCUGGGGAAUCUGUGAUCGACACACCCCAGCUGCUUCCGUAUCCCGCCACGCGGCUCGAACCCGACGCCUCUGCCGCAGUAGAGGUCCCGAUUGCCAUUGCCUUGACAGAGUUUCAUUUCAUUUUGCUCUACAAGGAGCGUGUGAGAGCUGUCAACCAACUCAACGAUCAGCUCGUCUUUGACGAACUGAUUCCCUUAAGAGCAAAAGAGGAAGUGCUAGGAAUGUCAGUGGAUACGAGCAAAAACACAUUCUGGAUCUAUACCGGCCUGUCGCUCUUUGAACUGCUUAUCACCAAGGAGGAUCGGGAUGUAUGGACCCUUUAUCUCGAGAAGAAGCAGUAUGACCUUGCUCUUCAAUAUACCAAGAACCCCAUUCAAAGAGACCGCGUGUUUACACUGCAAGCAGAUAACUAUUUUUCCGGAAGCCGCUACAUGCUUUCUGCCAAGUACUAUGCCCAGUCAACAGUUCCUUUUGAGGAAGUGGCGCUCAAGUUUGUGGAGCGUGACGAAAGAGAUGCCCUCCGAAGCUAUCUCCUCGCCAAAAUCGAUAAGCUGCGAAAACAGGAUAUCACUCAAAAAACGAUCGUUUGCACAUGGCUUGUCGAGAUAUACCUCAGCAAAAUGAAUCAGCUGGAGGACCAGGCCGCAUCGUCAGCAGCAGAAUCCAAUGUCCAGAACCUGCAAGCGGAGCAAAGUGUGUUGGAAGAUGAAUUCAAGGGAUUCUUAGAAACCAACAAGAUGUACCUCGAUAAAAAGACGACCUACAAGUUACUGGCUUCUCAUGGUCGGACUGAACAGUUGCUUUUCUACGCCAUUUUGAUUGGGGACUAUGAACGCGUGAUAUCCCAUUGGAUCCAGCAAAAGAACUACAGGAAUGCGCUUGAGGUCUUGAGCAAGCAGGAAUCGCUCGACACCUAUUACCGCUUCUCGCCUGUGCUCAUGGAAAACGCACCAUACGAGACUGUGAGCGCCUGGAUGCGACAGCCCAACCUUAAUCCCAGAAACCUCAUCCCUGCGCUUUUGAAGUACGACCACAAGUCACUGGAGGCGGGAGCGCAGAAUCAGGCGAUCCGUUACUUGUCCUAUGUGGUUACCAAUCUGGAGAACACCGACCCUGCGAUCCACAACUUUUUGCUUACCCUCUACGCUAUACAGCCCACACGCGAUGAAUCCUCGCUUUUGUCGUUUUUGGCCACUGAGGGUCGAGCUAUGCAUUACAACCUCGAUUAUGCAUUAAGAAUCUGUACCCAGAACAACAGGAUCCAAAGCUGUGUCAAUAUUUUCAGCAGCAUGGGUCUCUAUGGUGAAGCCGUCGAUCUGGCCUUGAGGCACAAUGAUCUCGAGCUGGCGCAGAUCAAUGCAGACAAGCCGGAGGAUGAUGAGAUGCUGCGCAAGUCACUCUGGCUCAAGAUUGCUCGCCAUGUUGUCAAGGAAAGGAAAGAUAUCAAGGCAGCAAUGGAAUUCCUGUCGAAUUCCGAUCUCUUGAAAAUCGAGGACAUCCUACCGUUUUUCCCAGACUUUGUGCUCAUUGACGAUUUCAAGGAAGAGAUUUGCAAGGCGCUUGAGGAAUACAACCUUCAUAUUGACGAGCUUAAAACGGAGAUGGACGAGGCGACCAAGAGUGCAGAGAAUAUCCGCAUUGAUGUCCGCGAACUCCGAUCACGUUUCGCGGUUGUGGCCUCGACAGAGCGGUGCACUGCCUGCGAUUACCCGCUGUUGACACGACAGUUCUAUAUCUUUCCGUGUCAGCACACAUUCCAUGCAGAUUGUCUAAUCAAGAAACUGACACCGUUCUUGUCUACGAGGCAGCUGAAGCAUUUGGACGAGUUGCAGGAGCAAAUCCAGAGUGAGAUGCAGAACCAGCAAAAGAUGAUGCUGAUGAAUACCGGUCAUACACUUCAGCCACUUUCUGUUAGCAAUUCGAACUUGAAAGGCGUUGAUGCACAGGGCAGCUCACAUGCUGGACUCAGUCAUUUACCCAACCAGUUGAUCGGACAUACAGGAGCGGCAGUGAUGGCCAUUGGCGGAGCCAUUGGUGCGGGUGGCAAGAUGAUGGUGAAUGGAGGUGUGGCAAUCGUUGGCACAGCGGCAGGGACGGCAGCAGGGGUGUUCAAGGAUGUGAUCUUUGCAGAUGGCAAGGAUGGGGCGGGACUGGGCCUGGGUCUUGGUGGAGGAGCAGGUGGAGCAGGCCAAGGAACAGGAGGCGGAGAUGAUAUGGCAGUUGUUGUACCAAGACUGGAACUGCUGCGGGAUGAGCUGGACGACUUGGUGGCAUCGGAGUGCCUACUCUGCGGUGAGCUGAUGAUCAAGACGAUUGACCAGCCAUUUUUGUCGAACGACGAGCAUGAGCUUGAGCUGUCGUGGGGCGUGCAGUAAGACGAGACAAGUAGUGUCUUUGAUACUCCUAUUAAAAAAACAACAUGUAUUUUGACACAAACAAGAACAGCUUUUUUUCCUCUUUUCUUUUCUGUCUUUUGUUGUCGAGGAUCUUGCGUAUGGUUCUAGAUUCGUAAAUGAACUGUUCUGGGUCCAUCUACAGGGUUUAGUCG